AUGGAACUUGCAGCGUACCAGAUUAACAAUGUUCCAAAGAGUUCUUUUGAUCGCAAGAAAAGCAACCAUGACAGCCACUUGCUAUUUGACUUAACCUUUUUCUUUUUAAGCAUUGUAGGUGAUACCCCUCCUGAAAGCUGUAUUUUUAGCCAAAUGCUGAAUAUGACAGCAUUUCUAGUGACUGGUGUUGCUGUCCUCCAUUAUUCGCAGCUUAAAGCAAAAGUGAUGAAACCAUGGCUCAAUAUCUUUGGGCUGAUAAUACUUUCUCUACCUUCUUUUGGAAUGACAAUAGUAGCGAAUUUUCAGCUGUCUAAUGAUAGAAUGGUACAUAACGUUGGUGCAGUCAUCACCAUUGGCUUUGGAACAGCAGACUGUUAGAUUCAAGCAGUUCUGACUUUCCAAGGGAAUAUAAAUAAUGAAGAGUGAAGACUUGGAAUCCUCCGUGUUUUCCUCUCAGUGGUAAUCACCUUGGGGUUCAUUGCAUACUUUCUUCUGCUAGCUCAGCAUAGCUACUUGCAUGGAGCAGGAGUUCAGUGGACUUCAAUAACAUGUUUACUCUUGUAUGAAGUAACAUUUGCAGUGGACUUUUGGCAUUAUGCUUUUGAGGUCCAUGAUAUAGAGAAGCAAACAAAUUCAAUGGAAAACAUGUCCAAUGUCAUCUCUGAGUAUUAUUCAGAGCAUGUAUAG